AUGGCCGGGCUCCGGCCCCCUCCCGGCCGGCGCGGCACGGCGCGGCCUGGCUCCCGGCGGACCCGCCCCUUCCGCCGACGUCACUGCUCCUCCAGGCAACCGCCCCGCCUGGCGGAAGUGCGCACAGCGACUUCCGCCCGGCCUGAAGCUAUAGUCACCAACCGACUGGUCUCCUCCAUCCUCGGGAGCUCCGACGUUCUCGGAGACAGAAACCCUGUUCUUGUCCUAACCUGCCAAGGGGCCAUCAACGUGAGCACGCUGGCGUCGAGCAGAGAAGUGCGGGGCCCUGGGCCCGGGGCUCUCGGGCCCCUGCUGCCGCUGCUGCUACUUCUGCUCUUGCUACCGCUGCCCGCCAGCGCCUGGUACAAGCAUGUGGCGAGUCCCCGCUAUCACACAGUGGGUCGUGCCUCGGGGCUGCUCAUGGGGCUGCGCCGCUCGCCCUACCUGUGGCGCCGUGCCCUGGCCGGGGCCGCUGGACCACUCGCCCGGCUCCCAGGACCGGUCGCCGCCCGCAGCGCUCUCCUGCUUCCUUCACCCGGGCAGGAGCCGUGGGAGGUGCGAAGCAGGACCUCACGGGCAGGGCUUCCCGUCCAUGCACCCCGGAGUCCGCCGGACCUGGAGGGAGUCCGCCAACCAGAGCAGUCGCUAAGCCUUCAUUCCUGGAUCUCAGAGGAGUCCGCUGCUAGAGCCUUCGGAGAGACGCUUCGUGCCCAGCCAUGGUCCCUGCAGCAAAUUGUGUUUGCCGAUCCUGUCAGGCCCGACGACCAGCCCAAGAACUGAUGGCACCCCCACGCUUGACCUAGGCAGGAGCACAGCUUGUAGCUCCAGUCAGGCCUGUGGUCUGGUCAAUAAAACCAACCUGAUUCCUGCA